AUCAAGGACUUGCAGAGUCAGACAUAUCCAGAGGAGAUGGCAUUGUUGAAUAAGGGCAAGACGCUACCUCGCAGCAACAAGCUAUACUGUCUUGAUGCUUUUGUGGAUCAUGACGGAUUGCUUAAGGUGGGAGGAAGACUUGGCAAUGCUUCUAUUUCACACUCUCUCAAACAUCCGGUGAUCCUUCCAAAGGAACAUUACCUAACAAAACUCCUAAUUGCUGAUUGUCAUGAGAAAACUGGACAUCAAGGUAAAGGCUUAACUUUAAAUGAGAUCAGAUCAAGAGGGAUCUGGAUUCCAGGAGUAAACAGGACUGUAGCCUCUUUUGUGCAACACUGUAUAAGAUGUCGUAAACACCGCAGACCCACAGAACAGCAAAAAAUGGCAGAUCUGCCCUCAGAGCGCAUAGAUCCAUCCCCUCCUUUCACUUUCAGUGGAAUGGACUGUUUCGGCCCGUUCUUCACAAAACAAGGACGUAGAUCAUGCAAGAGGUACGGCCUUCUUUUCACCUGUUUCUGUUGCCGAGCUAUCCACAUUGAGAUGCUGGAUGAUAUGUCCACAGACUCCUUUAUUAAUAGUCUGCGAUGUUUCAUUGCCAUCAGAGGAGCAGUUCGUCAGAUAAGGUGUGACCAAGGAAGUAACUUUAUUGGAGCCAAGAACGAGUUUGCAAAGGCUUUAAGGGAGAUUGACAACAACCGUCUUGUGACAUUCUUAGCAGAAAAGCAGUGUGACUUUGUCUUCAACGCACCUCAUGCAAGUCACACAGGAGGAGUUUGGGAGAGACAGAUUAGGACAGUAAGGAGCGUUCUUCAUUCCACUCUGUCCUUAUCUUCUGAAAGAGUGGAUGAUUCCUGUCUACGGACCUUCUUCUACGAAGCUAUGGCAAUUGUAAAUAGUCGACCGCUGACAGUAGACAAUCUAAAUGAUCCUAAAAGUCCUGAACCUUUAACCCCAAACCAUCUGCUCACUUUAAAAACUGCCCAACCUUUACCACCCCCUGGCAAAUUUGUCAGAGAAGACUUGUAUGCUCGCAAGAGAUGGCGCCAUGUCCAGUACUUAGCGGAACAGUUCUGGAGCCGUUGGAGAAAGGAGUACUUGUCUAACAUUGCAACCAGACAAUGCUGGCUAACCCCCAAGAGGAACAUACAAGUUGGAGAUAUAGUGUUGGAAAAAGCAGAAGACUUGCCUAGAAAUGAGUGGCGUAUGGCAGAAGUCAUUGAGACUGUGAUUGACAAGGAUAAUCUAGUGAGAAGAGUAAAAAUACGCUUUGGAGACAGAAAACUGGGAAAGGAUGGUAAACGUCUAAGCAAACCAUCAGUAGUAGAGCGCCCAGUGCAGAAGUUGGUCCUGCUGCUAGAGGCAGCUUAACAACUUCAUGUAUCCUUUAAGCUUAGCAGUUCAUAAUAGAUGAUUAGUUCUUUGUUUUACUUUCAUCUAAGCUAAGUAAUGGUUAAUUCAUUUUAAAAAUCAUUCGUGAUUUAAGUUUGAGAUUAUAGUCACUCGUGAUUUUGGUGGGAGUGUAAAUAACCCUGUUAUUUGAAUAGUUUUUGAUACCUUUACAUGCACUAUAUUAAGCAUAAGUUUAAGUUCUAAUUAUUAGUUGUGUUUAUUCUGAUUUAAAAAUGUUUUAUUUACAUGCAAAGUUAUUAAGCCUAUCGAGACUUUUAUUUUGAAAUGACGGACUGCCGCGAAGAUCGCGCAUGCACAGAAAUCGAGCACAUGGGGAGAUCGCUCGUGCACGGAGAGAAGGAGCAACACGGUCACGGAGUUAAAUGAUUAAAUAUAAAGUUAAAGCAGCUAAAAAGUAGUUUUAAGUAAUAAUAGUUGCCUGAUUAGUGUAGCACACGGUUUAUUUUGGUUUAUUUUUGGAUAUUUUUGGUUAGUUUUUGUGUUUUUGGCCUCCUUUUAUUUUAGCACCUGGUUGAAAGAGGCACAAAGCUCUUACGGUGUUGUGGACUCAAAAAGGGCAAUGUGAAGUGAAAUAAGGUGCAUUUUAAGGAAAAAUAAAGCUGGAAAAAAGAGUCAAACGCAAACAUCAGUGCAAGAGUCAACUUUAUUUCAACCGGGCUG